CGCUAGUGUAGUGCAGGCACCGGUGGAGCCGUCACCCGAGGAGAGCCGUGGCAGGUUGCGGUCCGUUCGAAGUCGCGAAAGUAAUCGCUCGGAGCAUACCAUGUUUGUGUCAUGCGGCGGAUUCUUGAAUCUAGGCGUCGGCCUCGCACGUCGCAUGUGUCGGACGUACGUCACUGCCAAGAACAUUGGAAGCUUUCCAGAUUAUGUCAAGGUGGUCGAAGUGGGUGCCAGAGAUGGUCUUCAGAAUGAGAAGGAGAUAGUGCCAACGAACACGAAGAUUGAGCUUAUCAACAGGCUGGCCAGUUCGGGGCUCCCUGUUGUGGAAGCAACAAGCUUUGUCUCGCCAAAAUGGGUCCCUCAAAUGGCCGAUCACACGGAGGUGCUCAAGGGUAUCGAGAAGCACAAGGGUGUCAGCUACCCGGUGCUCGUGCCCAACAUGAAGGGUUUCAAAGAAGCGCUUGCUGCCGGGGCCAAGGAGAUUGCUGUGUUUGGAGCUGCGUCUGAAACAUUCACACUGAAGAACAUCAACUGCAGCAUUGAGGAGAGCAUCAAGAAGUUCUACGACGUCAUUGAGGCAGCAAAAGCUAACGGCAUUAAAGUCAGAGGGUACGUGUCAUGCGUGGUGGGCUGUCCCUACGAGGGUGCUGUGUCUCCUGAAGUGGUGGCCAAGGUGGCUGGCAUGCUGUACAGGGCAGGCUGCUACGAAAUCUCUCUUGGGGACACCAUUGGUGUUGGCACGCCAGGAACCAUGCGACCCAUGUUGCAGGCUGUGCUCAAGGAGGUGCCUGCAACUGCUCUGGCUGUCCACUGCCACGACACUUACGGUCAGGCACUGGCCAACAUCUUGACUGCCCUGGCCAUGGGUGUGGCCGUGGUCGACAGCUCGGUGGCUGGCCUCGGCGGUUGCCCAUACGCGCGUGGUGCAACGGGAAAUGUUGCGACCGAGGAUGUGCUCUACAUGUUGCACGGCAUGGGCAUACCAACGGGCGUUGACCUCCAGAAGGUGAUUGGUGUGGGUGACUUCAUCUGCAAGGCACUCAACAGGCCAAACAACUCCAAGGUGUCACGAGCCAUCAGCAGGCUCUGAGUCGCACACGCAGCCAAUCUUCACUGCUUCAUCCCAGAAGCCAAAGCCCCAUCACUCCCAUCGUCAUUGCCAUCAUCACCCAAUGUUGGUCACGUUGUCUCCUCCCUGGCUUCUGUCGGCACACUGCCGGCUUGGCUUGGGAGGUGGCUAACUAUAGUCAUUUAUUUCGUAAUGACCUCAGCGAUAUUUUCUUUUUGGCAGCCUCAUAUAUUUAAGAACCUCGUUAUUGAUCAGUUCUCGAAACCUCUGCGGAGGCCUAUUAUUGUAUUUAUUUUCGUGCAUUUAGUUUAUUUGUAUGUACAAUUUCAUCAUAUAUACUUGACUCGUGCCAUUUUUGUUUUACACGUCUGUAUCAAUGGGCUGCUUUGCGUAUUCAAAGCGGUUUUUGUAGUCUUGGUAAAGACAAGAGUCGCCAUUAUAGCUGAAGGCCUUUCAACUAUUACUGCUUUAUUGUAGUUUUGGAAAUAAUUUAAUUCGUGUUCAUUGCUAGUGAAGAUUUUACUUUCAUACAUAGCAAGAAUGAUAAAUGUCAUGUGCUGAAAUCACUCUGGAAGUAAUUAAUUAAAAUUUAUUUGACGUUACUGGCUUAGAUACUGUACAACCUGGCAGUUUCUUUCUUUUGUAUGUUUGUGCUGGUAAAUCACUGCCUUUGUUUGUCAGGAUUUCCUGCAUUGAGCCUGGUGUUUUGAAAAUUCGCUGUUGUUCAGUUGGAGGCCAGAAGUUUGUCAUAUUGUACACUGUGAUAGUGGUGCAAGUUAACAAACAUUGCCAGAAGGGAUAAUAAUAUUUUCUUUUUUCAUUUAUGAAGUUCUUUCAUGACCUUUUGUUGUGAACAUACACAUUCAAGGACAGCAUCCAUGCUUCGACAAUCAAGCUGCCUGUACCUUCUGUAUAGAUAGCUUUAUGUACAAAAGCUUCAAUGUGCAGUUGUUGACAAAUAAAAUUUGUUACUGCAAA